AGUUUAACUCGGUUAACUGAAAAAUAUUGUGCUAUAAAUACAAUUAUAAAAUAUAUAAAACAUUAUUUUCGUAGUAAGAUCUGAAAGUUUUCGAACUAACUAUACAAAAGGUUCGACAAGAUGCGCAGUAUUAUUUUUGUAUGGUAAUUACACAAAUGUAUAAAUUCCUCUGAUGAUAUUUGUACCGUACAUAAUGUAUAAACAUAAAUAAUUUUCAAGCUUUUUGUUUUAAUAUUUGGAAAAAUAACUAUUGAUGGAGAAAUGUUUGAUAAAUGCAAAGAAAAACGCUCAUGAUAAACAAUUUUAUUACAAUUUCAUAAUAUUUAUUCCUUGGAUACUAUAUCCGCUUUUAUUAUGUUUGACUUCAUUUUGUACGUUUAUUCAGCAAUCUCCAAAAUUUUUAAAACUAACUAAAAAAUAUAUAUGUCCCAUUUCUAAACAAAAAAUGCGGAUUUGAAAGAGUUAGAAAAAAUCUGAACAGAAUCGAUAAUAAAACUCGUAAUUAAGCAAUUUUGAUUCCAGUCUUGCAACGCGAAAUUAUUUGUUAAGAGAGUAAUGAAUAGUAAAAUCGCGCGUAAGUCAAAUUCAUCGAACUUGAAAGCGAUCAAUGUAGCUACGAAGCGGUUUUAACACAUUUUUUUUCUCCCCUUCGUUGCCGUAAAAUCAGUUCGUACGGCAAUUCGCGCGCUCACUUUUCAGGCUGUGGCGACCGUAAUGGGAUUAUCUGAUUAUAUCCUGCGCGCGUCUUAACGGUACACCUCAGCGCGUAAUAUGUUUAGUCGGCGUUAUACGUACCGGUAUAUCCCGUUACGAAUAUUAUCGACGAGCGACGAGCGACGAGCGCGGAGUAUACGGGAGGAUCGAUGCAAAGUGAGGCAGCGGGACUACCGGACUACGCGAUGCAGUUUCGGAUUCGCAGUGUCGGCAUUACGCAUUACGCCGUCAUUUAUCGCGAUGCUGCAUCGAGCUGCAGGAGACGAAUUAUUCCUGAACAAUGCGCGGCACGAGAAUCACAAAUGAGUGACAUAAAAUUUUUUGCGAUACAUCGAGACGAUUCCACGAAAAACCGCACAGUCACGGAGUCAUCUGUGUUCGAGCGAUGGUUGAGAAUCACUAGUGCUCGGGUAGGAGCGAGAGGCGACUUUCAGGUGCAUGAUGAAGCGAGACAAGGCGACAGACUCAGAACGGACGAAACGUAGGUAUAGCACGGUUCGCAAGAGAGACAGAAGAGAACACGGAUGGAAACGGAGAGAAUCCAGCACAGCAGGGGGAGGGGGAGGGACGGGAAAAGGUUAAGAGAGAGGUAAAGGAGGAAUGAUGGGAAGAGGGUAAAAGGAAACGAAGGGAGAAACCCCCCGUUGCGCCCACACUGGACUUGGGUUUUUUGUAAGGGUGUGCGGGUACGCGGGACGGAUGUGGGGGAAGAUAGGGGGAACGAGGCGGCCGGGUCGGUAGAGUACCAACGGGCGAGGGCGACGGUAAGGAACGUCGAGGGCCGGGGAAGGAGAAGAGAAAAACCGGCAGGCAAGCAGGGGCUGCUCUAGGGAACGAGAAACAUAGACGGAGGAGGGAACGGACUGUAACAGUAAGAGAGAAAAGGACAGACGAAGAGAGAGAGAAAGAGAGAGACGGAGGGUUAGGGUGAAGGUAGCGAAGGCGAUGCGGGAGGCCGAGAAAGGACGGGGGCAGUCGGGGGAGGAGGAAAGGGGGAGAGGUAGAAAGGGUCUUGCCACGAGGGAGUGAGAGGGUGGUUCGGCUAGAGAGAUCUAUAGGGGUGCCACGGCAAAGGGUAGGGGGAUUACUGCCUGAGGCUUCAGAAACCAAGGGUGUCUAAUGCCAAAGUGGACUUUGUUCACUCGCUGAGAUGACGUUCUCUGUACGAGUAUCUACGUUAAAUGCGUGCACGCAGAUGCACAUUAACACAUUCUUUCGCAUUUGCACGACUCGGCUAAUAGUCGCAUAUUCUGUGUUAAAUGCG